CUGCCCCGCCCCCGCCCUCCGCGCGGAGCUUCCCUUCCGCGCCGCGACAGCCAGCUUCCCUUUCCGGGAGCUCAAGUAGCGGCCGCCGGUGUCUCUUUCUUCUCCGCGGCUUCCGCAGCUCUCCUGUGGCGGGCAUGGCAGCCAGGAGACGCGGGGCCGGCCUAAGGCUCUGCGCCACUGUUUUUUUACUUGAUAUGGCUUUCUGUAAAGGAUUUGUAGAAGACUUAGAUGAAUCGUUUAAAGACAAUCGAAAAGAUGACAUUUGGCUUGUAGAUUUUUAUGCACCAUGGUGUGGCCAUUGUAAAAAGCUGGAACCGAUUUGGAAUGAAGUUGGCCUUGAGUUGAAGAGCAUUGGGUCUCCAGUUAAAGUUGGAAAGAUGGAUGCCACUUCCUACUCCAGCAUUGCUUCAGAGUUUGGAGUUCGAGGUUAUCCAACAAUUAAGCUAUUAAAAGGGGACUUGGCAUAUAAUUAUAGAGGACCACGAACUAAAGAUGAUAUUAUUGAGUUUGCUCACAGAGUAUCUGGGGCUCUAAUUCGGCCACUUCCAAGUCAACAAAUGUUUGAACAUGUGCAAAAGAGACACCGUGUGUUUUUUGUUUAUGUAGGUGGAGAGUCACCUUUGAAGGAGAAAUACAUCGAUGCUGCUUCAGAACUAAUUGUAUAUACGUACUUCUUUUCUGCCUCGGAAGAAGUGGUUCCUGAGUAUGUGACCCUGAAGGAGAUGCCCGCUGUGCUUGUUUUCAAAGACGAGACUUACUUUGUUUACGAUGAGUACGAGGAUGGGGACCUGUCGUCUUGGAUCAACAGGGAGAGGUUCCAGAACUAUCUCACCGUGGACGGCUUCCUGUUGUAUGAGCUUGGAGACACGGGAAAGCUGGUGGCAAUUGCAGUUAUUGAUGAGAAAAAUACAUCAAACGAACACACCAGGUUAAAGUCGAUUAUUCAGGAAGUUGCUAGAGAUUACAGAGACCAGUUCCACAGACAUUUUCAGUUUGGCCAUAUGGAUGGAAAUGACUAUAUAAACACUUUGCUCAUGGAUGAACUGCAAGUCCCAACAGUGGUCGUACUGAAUACCUCCAACCAGCAGUACUUUUUGCUGGACAGACAGAUCAACAGCGCGGAGGACAUGGUGCAUUUCAUCAAUAACAUCUUGGAUGGCACAGUCGAGGCGCAAGGAGGUGAUAGCAUUUUGCAGAGAUUGAAAAGAAUAAUAUUUGAUGCCAAAUCUACUGUUGUGUCUGUCUUCAGGAGCUCCCCGCUCAUGGGCUGCUUUCUCUUCGGCCUGCCCCUGGGCGUCAUCAGCAUCAUGUGCUACGGCAUCUACACGGCCGACGCCGACGGAGGGUACAUAGAAGAGCGGUACGAGGUGUCCAAAAGUGAACUCGAAGGCCAAGAGCCCACGGCGGAAAGCAAAGAGCAGGAGCCGAGCGGUGCAGCUGCCCUCGGGCCCACGGAGCAAGAACCCAAAGAUGUAUUAGAGAAGAAGAAAGAUUGAGCCUCUGCUAGUGUGGGACAUUUGAUAGGAUUUCAAAUUAUUAAAGAGUCUAUUUAUUGAACUUAGACAUUUAAUCAUGAUCUUUGCAAAAGAGAGUAUGUUAUGUGUAUCUUGCUAACAUCAGCUCGCAUGGAUUACUGUUGUCCUUCAUAUGUGGGGAGACAUGUGGAGCAAACAGGACGUGUUUCUCUCAAGCAAACAAACAGAACAAGUGAGGACGCACUCCGUCAGAGUUUACCGUGUAGACGCGGUGUUAGCAGAGCCGGUCUUUUGCAUGUUUCUCUACCUGAGCGUCGUGUGACAACAUCAAGAGUCCCGGGCAGAGUAGUUAAAUUUUUCAGUCAGGUAGGAGCUCCAUGUGUGAUAAAGAGAAACAAUACCUUCACUUCACGUCCUGCCAUUCACCCUCCUCACAUAUUUUAGAUAAGAUUUCCAUGGGCACAAUUAAGUCUUGAAAGUGUAGCACUGGAAGGAAAACUGACACUUUUCCAUAGAUCAAAUUAAGUCUAUAACUUAAAAAUAAUUUGGUUUUAUAUAGUAUAGCAAUUUUAUUUUGCUAGUUAUUUUUAAAGGAGAGGAAAUGUUACUUUUUAACUUUCUAGUCAGUUACAUUGUAAACAGGUCAUAGGGGUCUGUCCAGUGGGAGAAAACAGCCUUCUCUUUACCGUUUGCAAACGACACAGGAUUGACUUGGAGCAGGGAUGUCCGGCCACGCGCUGGCGGCGUGCCCUGCAGGUGCCUCGCCAUCGCAGCAGAGGGGAGGUCUGCCACUCCUACCCUUUCCUCGGCCGGAGGGACCUAUUCUUCUUCUCUUUCUUGUUUCAUACAUUGGUAUUUCUUCUAUUUAAAAGUUCCUUUGAUGACAAGUUCCUGCUGCUUUUUACAAAGUAAUCUGUAUCAUUCUUUUAAUGUUUAUGCCAUGGUAGCUUUAUGGUCACUUAUAUGUGUGUAUCUCUGUGUGUAUCUAUACACGUACACACAUAUAUUUACAUGCACAUAAAAUUUAUUGGCCUAUGUCUGUCAUGUAACAUUAUGGGCAUGUCUAUGUUCAUAAUGAGUAACGAGUGGCAUAAUCAGCCUGCCCGCGAAAUUUGUGUCCAGUGACUAAGAGCCAGCUGUGACCUUGUCCAUCCUCGAGUCUGACACCCAUUUCAUCUUCUCUCUAUAAGGAAAUAACAUAGGAAUUCUGUCCCAAGCAGUGUAUAAGAAUUGGCAUUGUUGGAAGUAACGUUAUAAUGUACUUAUUGUAGAUUAUUUUUGAGCCCUUCAUUUUAGCUAACUUUAGGUUUUUAUUAGAUGACCAUUGUUUGGGUGAUUAUUCAUUGAGCAAUUGAGUUAAACAAUAGAAUGGUUUUUAUUAAACACUGAAAAGUGUGUAAAUCAUUUUAAAAAUAUGCAGCUCAUGGUCCUGACACUGAAGUUGUUUCGGGCUUUGGUCCCCAAGGCAGCUGUUGGAUUUCUGAUACCUUGCUGCUCCCGACUGAACCAAAACCCUUGUCCUAAGAAGUUCCUAGCAGUUGUUUUCCUGUAUCCGUGUGCUCUUUUACAUACAGUGAUUAGCUGCUUAUUCUUACUGUUCGGCACUCUAAUAUUUUUAAUAGUGAAGCACAUAGGAAGUCCCAGGAAACACUGGAAAGAAAUGUUCUCAAAUGGAGACUGGAGAUGAAUGCUAUUAAUUAAGAAGUAGACCCCUCGCCAAAGUGUCAUGAGGGGCCCCUCGGGAGGGUCAACGCUAAUGUUCCCGGUGGUCAGGCUUGGUUUGCAGCGGUAAAAAACGCUUAGGCGGGUGCAGCCCCUCACUUGAGGCUAGUCUGGCGAGGAAGGUAGAGCUUAUUAGCCUCCGCCAGUGACAGUCGGAAAUUGCAGGAAACGUCCCGUUUUCUCCUGACCACCGUCAGCCGUUCAUCACCUGCGCAUUUUUGGCCUUUGUCAGGCAGCGCUUAGGAAGGAGAGACCUCAGCGGGGGGACAAAAAGAUUAAAAGCUCCCUAUACACCACCUACAAAAGUUCAGUCUUUGCUUCGGGAUUUUUUACCAUAAAUUAACGCCUUGGUUCGGUUCCCUUUUCCACAGCCCCUACCGUCGCCUCGCACUCUGACUGUGUUUUCUCAGAGUGCGUCUCUUGGGAAAACAAAAUGGUAGGUAGUUCAUACGUAAAUAACUUUCUUUGCUUUUUAUAGCAAAAUUUUGCUUAUUUGUUUCUCUUUUAGGAUAUUAGGAUAUUUGUUCACUAGUACACUUUUCCCUUUAAUGUGGUAACUGCACUUGGAAUGCGAUUUUCAUUUCAGGACAAAUUACUGUAAAGGUAAUUUCUCAAUGAAUUUAGUAUUGGGACAUAAAUGUCCUAAUUCAUCGGCGAAUCUUAUCAUGAUUACAUUUUAAGUAAGUUAGAGUAUUACCUUUUCUUUGAGUUGCAAUAAAAUUCUGUUUCUUAAUCCUAAAAUUCAAAAUUCUAGAUGCUUGCUGUUGUGGGAUCUGUUUCUCAAACAAUUUUAACUACAUUUCAAGGGAAGAAAGUUCGUCUGUUUAUCACGCUGUGUGCCCACGACAGCCUGCAAUCCUUUCUGUUUCUCACACACAGGAGUAGCUCUCUAGCUCCUUUUCUCGGAAACUUACUUGAGGUGUCUUAGGCCCGCAUUUUUAUUCUCCUCCUCACACCGGAGCUCUCCUGGUGUCUGACCUGCAGACAGCAUUAAGAGCCAAAUAUCUGGAGGUUGAAGGAAGGGCCUAAACAGCGAUAUCAUUAUUAUUUUUUUUAGUGGAUUUUGUUGAUGUUUCUUGUGUUUUGAUUCAGGGGCUCUUUUGGUUUGGGUUUUCUAAACAGUAAUUCACAUAGUUUGACCAUUGCUUCAGAGGCUGUGGGGACAGGACAGGAGACAAUACUAAGCUCUUCUUGCUGCCCACACUCGUUCAAGUAAACCAGUGGGGGCGUUAAGACUCUUCAAUCAACGGUGGGGUUAGGUGUGCCAUUUUAUUUUUAUAAAUAUCUAUUUUUUCUGAAUGUGUCUGAGUCCAAGAGUGGGCAAAAAAUAAUCUUCUACUUUGGACUAAAUCUAUAAAGGUUUUUGAAAGUCUGUAUUACUAACUUGUUGAAUUCAUGAUAUCUUGCCUUAUGGCACCACUUGUAAACCUGUUUUUUCUAAAAUAAAUUAACAUGAAAACAUA